GUUUAGUAGUAUCAGGACUCUGACCAUUGCUUCAAGAAUGAUCAAAUUCGCGGUUUUGCUAGCGGUUCUCCCGUUGGUCUUGGCCAAUGUCGUUCCCGUCAAACAAUGUAAAUCAGGACCCUUGCCAUCUUCGGUAGACGUUGUCGGUUGUAGCAGUGUCCCUUGCAAGCUCCCCCGUGGACACGACGCCAUCGCUCAUGUAAACUUCAGUCCAGAUGUCGAUGUUUCCGCGCUCCGUCCGGUAGUUUACGCCACGGCCCUCGGUGUUACGGUUCCGUUCGAGUUGCCAAAGGAUCACCAGAAUGCUUGUAACUGGUUGGAAGGAAGUCAGUGUCCGCUGUCCGCCGGGGAGGAUGUUUCGUACCUGUUGAAACUCCCGGUACAGAAGUUCUACCCACCGAUUCCGAUUAACGUCGAACUUCAGCUGGUCGAUCAAUCCGACGAAGUGGUUACCUGUUUCAAGUUGCAAGCUAAGGUUGUUUAAAGAUGUUUGAUUGGUUUCCAAAUAUACUACUGGUGGUUAAAUACGUCA